GUCCCCUCAUCAUCACCCGUCAUCCCAGCACCAACACACGCACGUCUCUCCAUCCAUCUCUCUUUAAUAUCUCCUUCCUAGUCAAACUCUGUAACCCCUACAUCUGCCCAAUGGGCGAGAGGCGCUAUCAGCAGCGAGCCCUCCCUCAUCUCUCUCUCUCUCUCUCUCAGCUCUGACUCUGUCCACCGCGCACCGAUAAAGGAGAGGUCCGGCGCGAGCAUCCGACCCAGCUCAGAGUCACACAGCCGACAGAACGGCACACACAUCAGUCUCGUAUCUAUUACCAACCUUUUGGCUCCUCCAGCUUUCCCUCGGACCUUCUUUUUUUCUGAUUCUGAACUGAGCACAAACCAAGGAUAAGUGUUUGGAGAGAGCUGACUGGAAAAGUGAAACAGCCGACACUCAGGUAAACCUCCUGUCGGCAGCCAGAAGUGCUCAGCGGAGAGGGUCUGGUGCGCACAUGGCACCGAAAACGCGCUCCUCCUCACACUCCUGACAGCCGCGCAACAUGGAGCCACACACUGGAUAAUGAGGCCUAUACCUACUGAACGGGUGCUUAACCUACUUCACAUCAAACCUGAUUAAAGUUGGGCGUUUUCUUCUGAAAUCUGAAUAUAUUUUGGGAGGGUAACAUUUGCUAGUAAAAAAAAGAAAGAAAGAAAGAAAAAAGAAAGAAAAAAGCGCAGAGCUAUGCUGGGUUUAAACAGGAUUCUGAGCCUCCGGGCAGCGCGGAUUCGGAGCUGCGGUUCGCCGGGAGUCAGACUCUCAUCCCGGUCUUCUUCGUGCCAAACCCCCGGUGCCAGUUCGAGGAUUUACUGUGCGUGUCUGUUGCUGCUGCUGCUGGUAACGCCUCGGGUGGACUCUUCAUGGUGGUACAUUGGUGCGCUGGGGGCCCGCGUGAUCUGUGACAACAUCCCUGGCUUGGUGAACAAGCAGCGGCAACUCUGCCAGCGCCACCCAGACAUCAUGCAGGCCAUUGGUGAGGGCACCAAGGAAUGGAUCAGAGAAUGCCAGCACCAGUUCAGACACCAUCGCUGGAACUGCAGCACACUGGACCGUGACCACACUGUGUUUGGACGUGUCCUGCUACGGAGCAGUCGUGAAGCAGCAUUCGUCUAUGCUAUCUCCUCAGCAGGAGUGGUGUAUGCGCUCACCCGUGCCUGCAGCCAGGGGGAACUGAAGACAUGUAACUGCGACCCACACAAGCGUGGACGGGCUAGUGAUGAGAGAGGAGAGUUUGACUGGGGUGGCUGUAGCGAUAAUAUCAACUACGGGAUUAAGUUUGCCAAAGCCUUCAUAGAUGCCAAAGAGAGGACUGUCCGAGAUGCACGGGCACUCAUGAACUUACACAACAACCGCUGUGGCAGAACAGCAGUGAAGCGAUUCAUGAAGCUGGAAUGUAAAUGUCACGGUGUGAGUGGCUCUUGCACGCUGCGGACAUGUUGGAUGGCCAUGUCAGACUUCAGGAAGACCGGUGACUACCUGAGGAGGAAAUAUAACGGGGCCAUCGAAGUGACGAUGAACCAGGAUGGGACAGGCUUUACUGUAGCCAAUAAAGCCUUCAGGAAGGCCACCAAGAAUGACCUGGUCUACUUUGAGAACUCUCCGGAUUAUUGCCUGCAAGACAAAGCAGCAGGUUCCCUGGGCACAGCUGGGCGCGUCUGCAAUAAGACGUCACGCGGCACAGACGGUUGCGAGGUCAUGUGCUGUGGCCGGGGCUACGACACCACACGAGUCAAGCAAAUCACCAAGUGUGAGUGCAAAUUCAAAUGGUGUUGUGCCGUGGAGUGUAAGGACUGUGAGGAAGCUGUGGACAUACACACGUGCAAGGCCCCCAAACGAGCCGAAUGGUUGGACCAGACCUGAGGACACGCCCCCUCCGCCCCCCUGUAAUGCGACCCCACCCCUUUCCCCUUUUGCAGGAUAUCCUGUGGAACAUGGCAUUUUGGGAAAGUUUGUCCGAAAAGUGCUCUGCGUCUCCGCCCUCCCCUGCCCCCACCUCAGUUCAUCAUUGCAUGGCUUUUCUACCUGUCUCUGUGAAAGCACUAGAAUUCAGUACCCAUCAAUAUGAAUUAAUACCCAUUACCCCCAUUUGUGAAUGGCCCUGUGACUGAACUGCUGGGAUCAGAUGAUGAACAAUGAAACCAGUGAACGCUUUGGGGUUUGGGAUUUUAUCAAAGAUUCAGUCCAGAUGGCCUUUUUUUCUAGCGUGUGGUUCUGAGUUAAAAAUGGUUUGCUGCUUUCAUGAUGCUUUAAAGACACAUUUUUACAUUAACUGAGCCUUCAAACGUAUCCAGUAUUAUUACAAGAACAACAUAUAAUCACAUAAUUUACUUUUUUCUGGGGAAAUACACUUUAAUCUACCAAAAAGAAUAUUUGGUUGGACUUUGGGAAGUAGCUUGACGAGUGCACUUUGAGAAGUGGACAUCUAAGCGUAAGUUUGGCUCUGUGUGCCCAAACAGAAGUCCAGGCAGAGGACUACCAGAGGACAGGGAGAUGCACACCAGAUGAAUAAAUUGAUGGAUGCAUUAUUGGAACUUUUAAUGCAACUGUUAAAAAAAAAAAAGAAAAAAGAAAAAAAGGAAAAUAACAAAAGAAAGCUGUUUAAGUGAUUUAUUUAAUUUGUAAAGUGUUGUUUCAUUUCUCAUCUGCGGAUGAGACUGCACUACAUUGGCUGACAUGAGGAGCGAGAAGAGCACUCCCAUUAUUAUGAUUAUACAGCGUACUUCAGUUUUCAGUGUGUUAGAUGACAAACUGCUGAGAAGAAGAAGAAGAAGAAGAAGAAGAAGAAGAAGAAAAAAACCUGGAUGGUCAUUCAGUCACACGUAACCACAACAUCAGACAGAUUUCACUUCUCUGCUCUCCAGCUUGCUUGUAUAACAUUGUGUAUAUUGCCUUAUCUAAACAGAUGUUCAUAUGAAAUAUAUGGUGCAUUAGUAUGA